UAUGUGGGGCCGGUAUUUACUAUUUACACUUUGAGAAAUGUACAAGAAAAUGAGAUAUCGUUACUCGAAACCAUGAAGGUGUUUUUUAUGACUUUGGAAAUAUUACUAAUGGAAGAUGACGAUUUUGUUAUUUCUGGAAUUACUGGGGUGGUGGACCACAACGAAUGUCCAGUUAGCUACUAUUUGCAAUUUACACCGGUUCUCAUGAAGAAUUUUUUGCAAUGUAUCCAAAAUGCUUACCCGCUGAGAGUAAAGGGCUGUGCCGUUUUUAACACACUGACUGUAUUUGAAACGAUUUUCAAUACGUUUAUCAAACCAUUUCUGGGAUCGAAACUUCGAAAAAGGGUUACAGUUCCAAACAAAGAGCAAUCAAAAGAGUUUCUAAGCAAAUUCCCACGAAGUCUACUGCCAACCGAGUACGGUGGAACGAACGGAUCGAUGGAUGAUGCUGUGGAACAAUGGAAGAAGAAAGUGGAAAGCUAUAGGCAAUGGUUUUUAGACGACGCAAAGUAUGGGACGAAUGAAAAGCUUAGAGUUGAUAAGUCAAAGACGAUAGAGGAUGGGGUUAUUACUGACGGAACUUUUCGGAACCUUGUGUUUCCUUCCACGAAUUUCAUGACAUUAAAAUCUCUUCCCUUUUUAUCAUUAAACAUUUACGUAGUUAAGUAAGUGUGCCCAAUAGAU